CGUUGCCGGUUAAUCGCGCGUUUACGUAACAAUUUAAACACAUUUAUCUGUAUUUGAGUAACUUUCCCGCGCUUUUAAUUUUUCAUAAAUCGUGUUCUGUGCUUGUGUUUGGAUUACGUUGAAGGAUCAAGGUCUUGCAAGACAUAAAGGUCUUUUGUCCACAGAGCUACCGGGGACGCAAGCCCCUGGGCGGUACAGUCGUAGCACCAGUGGGACUCAGUCCGGGCCCCGCAGCGCAGUCCCCGGGACCUGCACCAGCCGCGCCAAGUCCCGCGCCAGCCACCACACCAGCCAUGAAGCAGGAGCAUCCAAGCCAGCCUAUGGCACCAAUGCCAUUCUACGCCGGUGACCCAAACAGGUUUCCCACAACAUGGCAAACGGAUCCCUCUCAAGGUUGGCAGAACCAGUUCAUCCAGCAAUUACCAACGCAAACUGGCCAAACCACACUGGACUACCAGGGCAACCAUACGCCGUACGCAACGUCGCCGCAUUACCAGGCUAACACCACCUAUACCGUCCAGAAUGUUGCUACCACGUUCGACGUUACGAGUAAUACAUACUAUCAGACAGGCGUGCAAGCGGUGCCCACGCCUAGGCCGCCCUCAAAUCGCGGUGCCUACACUCCAGUCCCGUCACCAAGAGCUCCUCAUUAUACAACUGAGUACCAACAGCAAUACGCCCAGCAAGCCCCGACAACAGGCGUUACGACGGGAAACGAAUCUAGGCCGGCGUCGGCUGCAUCUUAUCAAAGUGCAGUACCGACGACGGCCGCGCCCGUUUACACAGUCAGCCAACAAAACUACGAGCGGUCUGAAUACUCGUCAGAGCACUCGGAAGAUUAUAACAAUGGUGGCGAUAAUACAACAAACGACUCUAACAACGAGGGAGACAGACAAGAGCAAAGUUCCCAGAAUGGACAGCAUUCGGGAAACGCCGAGCCUGGAUACCUGCAGGGGAGCAACGGUCCGCGAGCUUCACUCGAUUGUAGCGGGUAUUCGGGCGGCUACACUAGCGGGCAGCAUAACGAAAAUAGUCAGUCACAAAAUCAAAAUGAUUGGCAACAACAACAACGCCAAUGGCACAACCAAAGGUUACAGAAUCAACAACAAAUCAGCCAAAUCCAAAGCCAACAGCAACAACUACAAAAUCAAAUCAACUAUCAAAAUCAACAGAUACAAAACCAACAAAUGCAAAAUCAACAAUUACAAAAUCAACAGAUUCAGAAUCAGCAAAUUCAAAACCAGCAAAUGCAGAAUCAGCAAAUGCAAAAUCAGCAAAUGCAAAGUCAGCAAAUGCAACAACAGAGGCAAGAAGAUGCUGAGCAACAGAUGUUUUCGCAAUCAGACAGGGUUAAUUUGAACUCGAGACUGAAAACUAUGAUAUUAAAUAAGCAAAAUCAUACGCGAGAUGGUACGAAUACGCCACCCGAUAAAGGGGACCCCGGAGAGGGGCCGCCUCGAGGAAUAGACGAUAGAAAGGGCUGCGUAUCUAUCGCGGAUGAUAGAAAUACUACCGGUCAUUUUUUAUCGUAUAGCCACCAUCUCCGAGGUAAUUACCACAUAGGCGACCAGGUUUAUCCUGUCGCUGGUAAUUAUUCACAAAACACCCACAGUUAUAGAACGGGUGAAUUCGGAGGUGGUGGCCACCACGUAUGGGAGGGGGGGACGCAAGUCCCGAGAGAUUAUAAUAAGCACAAUUCGUCAGAAAACACACUCAAAGCUCCUCAAAAGUUGCCGUCGUAUUCUGACAUGAGAAGCCAAUUUAAUAGUUAUACGAAUGUACAUUAUGAUGCGCAAAAAUACACAGAAAUGUAUGGUAGUGAUAACGUUAGUUUUAGUCAACAGCAGGAUAAUAAAGACUUUCAAUCGAAAAUGCUCAUAGGACCAGUGUCGGUGAUGAACCAGCAAAAUUGCGCUCCAACGCAAGACGCAAACGCACAAAAGAAAGCUUUCGAUAGGGAGGCUAAUGAUGCGAAAUUUAAACAUCCAUCCGCACCGUUAAUACCAAAAUUAGAAACACCUGAUACCUAUCAGUAUCAAAAUGAAGAAAGAAUGAAAGUGGAGCCUCAAAGGAACCUUGCUCCUCAGAUUAAGAAUAUGAUUCCUCAUCACAAUAAGUUAGAUCCUCAACGAGAUUAUCAAAAUGGUAUGAUACAAAAGCAGCAAAACGUCCUGCCACCUAUCUCUACAAUCAAGCAUGAGACGUUCGUUCAAAAACCACAAAGCUAUCAUCAAUUCCAAAAUUAUCCCAACGAUAGAAGGCAGGAGAUGGAGAAAUAUGCACAAAUCCCACGUCCAAAUGAAAACAGUGGUUUUCAGCGAUACCACAGAGGUCUAGAAAAUAAAGUCACCAAAGAUGAUAGAAGAAAUCUUGGCAUAUGUGAAGAACCAAAACCGCCAUUUUACAUAGAACAAAUUAAAUCUGAACAUUCUCCACCGGGACACAAAAUAUAUAAAAAUAUUAACUUUGGUCCACCGCGGAGUGAACCGUACAUGUUCGCUGGGGAUGGUGGACCAGUUGCUAUCAGAAGUGAAGUGGGCUACUCGUGCUGUCGACAAGGAUCGACCAAGAAACCACCACCGGAGCACCUAAGAGAUGGUGCAUGCCCGGGUCUCCAAACCAAGGAUGAAGUUUUAGAAGGAGAGCCAGAUUCUGCGGAAAAGACAGACCCAAAACCUCCAUCAAAACCUAGCACGCCUACCCCAGACCUGUACUCUAAAAAUCCGAAAGAAAAUCAAUUUAAUUACUCAAAAGAAUAUCUUGAGAAUUUAGAAAGAUUACGAAAUAACUCGAGAACAGAGGUUCCAGAUUGUAAUUGCUUUCCAGCUGAUAAGAAUCCACCGGAACCUGGAAGUUACUACACUCAUUUAGGAGCAGCAACUUCGCUAGCAGAGUUAAGGAAAGAUCUUGAAGCCAGAACUGGAUUAUCAGGAAAGGAGUUGAGAAUAGAAAAGAUAUGCUAUACGGGAAAAGAGGGCAAAACUGGACAAGGCUGUCCCAUGGCCAAGUGGGUAAUAAGACGCGCUAAUUAUACGGAAAAAGUGCUAGUAGUGGUGAAAUUCCGAAAUGGCCAUAAAUGUCCAACAGCCUGGAUAGUUGUAUGUCUGGUCGCAUGGGAGGGGAUUCCCCAGUCAGAAGCUGAUUUAAAUUACACCCUAUUAUCCCAUAAACUCAAUAGAUAUGGCCUACCAACAACACGUCGUUGUGCUACCAACGAAAGUAGGACUUGUGCUUGUCAAGGCUUAGAUCCAGAAGCGUGUGGCGCGUCCUACAGUUUCGGCUGCUCCUGGUCCAUGUACUACAAUGGAUGCAAAUACGCCCGUUCGAAAACUGUCCGAAAGUUCAGACUCUCGGUCAAAACUGAGGAGAGCGAGAUUGAGGAACGUAUGCACGUUUUGGCCACACUUUUGAGUCCGCUUUACAUGAAUUUAGCGCCCAAGUCCUUUGAAAACCAAUGCCAGUUUGAGAAGGAGGCUUCUGACUGUCGGUUAGGAUUUAAGCCUGGACGACCCUUUUCCGGUGUCACAGCGUGUAUCGACUUCUGUGCGCACGCGCAUCGCGAUUUACACAACAUGAAUAACGGUUGUACGGCGGUCGUUUCACUCGCCAGACAUCGCGCUCUGACUCCACCAAAUGAUGAGCAGUUACACGUUUUGCCCUUGUAUGUCCUUGAUUCAACUGAUGAGUUUGGCUCCAAGGAAGGCCAAGACGAAAAAAUAAAAAACGGAGCUCUUGAAGUCCUUGAUAAAUAUCAAAUGGAAGUUCGUGUUCGAUCCGUUCCCCUUCAGCCUUGUAGACGUCACGGGAAAAAACGUAAGGACGAAGACAAUUCAGAUUCAAACUCCUCAGCCAACACUCCUCAAGCAAGUCCCGGGAAUCAGAAGAAAUGUCCCACACCCGGACCAAAAACUCCACAACCGAAUGAUACCAGAAACAUCGCUAGUCCAAGAAGUCAGAACGCUUCGCCCCGAGCUAACACUCCAGCGGUAAACCAAACUUCAGCUUUCCAACCAAAUCCAAAUAAUUAUAAUUCUGCCUUUGUUAAUCCAAAUAUGCAUAACUCUAACCCUAAUCUUAUCAAUGCUAGUAUGAGUAACCCGGCUUUAUUGGACAUGGCUUCGAUGAUUGAUAACUUUACAGACGCACAAUUACAAAGCAAUCAGAUUUCUAGUACCGUAUUAGAUUCACCAUACAAUUCGUACGACCAGAGCUACAAUAUCCAUAAUCAAAAUAACAUGUAUAACCCAAAUCCAUCGCCAAUCGUCGAUGCUACUUGUCAAAAUCACAAUCAAAAUCAAAAUCAGCUACCGAGUUUUGCAUCGGGAUUGCAGAAACGUGAUCAAUUUAAUCCCACAAAUGUAACAGACCUGAGUGUUCAAAACCAGUGGCCGGAUUUCAAUAAUCCAGAAAUGUUUAGUAAUGCUGUCAAGGAAGACCCUGAUUCCACAACUGCUCAUUUAAAUAUGACUCCCACCAAUUACAGCCCAGAUUCUAAUAGAAGUGACCCGAAUAAUGACCAAAUAAAAAAUACACCAGAGCCCGAUAAACCUAACUUAAUCCCUGAUAUGUCACAAAAAAUGCCAGAUUUUGAUAUACCCAGAUCUCCCAGAGUCACAGAUAUAUCCCAGCCUCAAAACACACCAGAAUCACCAGUCCCGACACAAAUUGAUAUGAAAUCGCCCAGUAAUGAAUCACCAAAUUGUGACACUCGAAAGAGUGUAUGGAGAUCUCCAGAGCACAGAAACUGGGACCCAAUGAAAGCAAAAGAUGGUGUAGAUGAAAAUGCUGUGUUCAGAGUUCCCAAAUCGCGACCUCCUUCCAGAUCCCAAGUCAAUCUUCCAGAAAAUAUUGAACAGUCUACGUUUUUAAAACCUUACCCUCCUUCUGAGAGACCUCAACUGACUCACGGCUAUGACCACAGAAGCCCUUACGAUAGCCGUACUAACAACCCCCAAACACCAACAACCCAGGGCAAUUUUACCAUAAGUCACGAAGAUCCCAAUCAAAACUCGACUGCACCGAACAAGCAAGAACAAGUUCCUAGUAACUAUCCAGCUAACCAAAAUGCAUAUGGCAAUCAAUCUCCAGUCCAAAAUUACAAUAACUAUCCCACCGUAGGAAAUGCGUACGCAUUUUCAUCAAACCCAUACGGCCAUUUUAGUCCUUAUGAAAACACUUAUAAUGACUACAAUAGCAUAGCAUAUUAUAAUGCAGAGAAGUAUAAAAGGGAAGAGUUAAUAAGGAACUCGCAUUGUUACAAUUCUUAUGGCUAUCAGUAUAAUCCAAACUUUCCUCCUAACUUUUACCAAAAUCCAAAUCCCAAUUGGUGUCAGUCUUCUCCCAAUUGGUGUAUGUAUCCGCCGCCAUUCUCUAUACCGUAUCCUCCUGAACCUCCUAAAGCAGAACCUAUUGGUGAGGUCACCGGAGUGUCCGACAAUCUUGAUUGUUUUAAAGAUAGUCAAAUGGGGGGUGUUGCUAUUGCAUUAGGUCACGGAAGUGUCCUCUUCGAAUGCGCUAAACAUGAAAUGCAUUCUACGACUGCAGUCAAAAAUCCAAAUAGAGCAAAUCCCACGCGAAUAUCUUUGGUCUUUUAUCAACACCGAAACUUGAAUCGGCCCAAGCACGGUCUAGAAGAAUGGGAGGAGAAAAUGAGAUUAAAGAAAUUAGGCUUAAAUCCACCGACUCCUGGCACUCCCGCUCCAAAUUCUAACAAUGUCUCCCCGGCAAGUACUCCAGGGCCUGAGAAACAGUCACCAGAAAAGUGGAAAAAUAAUGAGAACUAUAUACCCGGAGGGUAUAGUUCACUGUCUGCCUUAGUUGAGGCGACAAAUGUGGCUAAAAGGAAAGGCCAAAUUAUGUUGAGGGCUGACACACAAACCACAAUGUCUUGGACCACUCUAUUCCCGAUGCACCCCUGUACUGUGACAGGUCCAUACCAAGAAUCAGGCACCUGACGCAAGCCCGGCCCUGUGGGGCAAUGUUCUUCCAAACGUCGGAGUGAAAUCCCUUCCUUAGCUAUGUAAGGUGCCUUCGAUCAGGCCUCCUAGAGCCAAAGUGCUUUCCAGUCUUUUUGUAGUUCCUCAUUUUAUAGGAUUAAAAAUUCUCGAUUUCUCGACAGACUGGUCUAUUCGAGAUUCCUCUUCUGCAUUUACAUCGGAAUUGACUACCAUUUUGACGUAUUUUUUUGAAAUCAAGUGAGCUAUCAAUCAAAGAUAUAUUUUAGAUUUUAAUUGUGUUUAUCGCAUUUCAGCUAGUCUUACUUUACUGUUAGAGUCGGAUCCUAUUGUUUAAGACGGUAAUUGUAGUUUUUUUGUAUAUUCUUGUCGUGUUUAGUUUAACCGUUGUCACAAAUUAUAAAAUUAGUUUAAUGCUCUGUAUAAAAUGUGGUAAAAUAGAUUUGUCUGCAUAUUUUGUCGGUUUUAUUUAGGCGCAUUACUUGCGACGCAAUGAUCUCAUACAAUUAAUUCAGAGCGAAAGUACAAACGUGCGAAGAGCCGAGCGAGGAGCGCCUGACGGUUCGUGUUUAUUUCUAUUUUUGUACCUUUGUCUAUGAUUAGUUACUUUUUUUAAUUUCCACCAUUCCCUGCCGCGCGACGGCCGUUUGCGUUAUUUUAGUGAUUUUAAUAGAAUCGUGUAUGUAUCACAGUUGAGUGCUUUUCGAUUAGGUUAAGUCGUGUGUAUUUUUAAAAGUUUUAGAAUAUUUAACUUAUUUGUAUUGUAUUACGUGAACCAUUAUAAAUCAUUUUCUUUGUAAUAAUUUAGUGUUACUGUAGGUACUAUUUAAUAUAUUUGCUUUUACAUUAGCGGUUGUUUUUUGCAUUUCAUGCCUUCUUUAAUUUCGACUCUAGUGCCUGUCUGGCUUCAACCAGAAACGUCUUAUCGUGUUUAGAAUUAAAAAUCAUUUUUGAACUUUUAAAAUGUGACCUUAUUAAAUGGAUUACAUUGAAUGAACUUUUCUAAUUAGCGAUGAUGAAAUUUUAUGAAUUAGUCGUACAAUAAAGAUGUGUAAGAGACAUAAGUUUAUAUAAUAGUGUUUGCAAAAAAAUUCAGGCGCUUGGAAAGUUUAUUAAGUAGGCAUUAUAUUGAAAAUGAAACAAACUGAUGAAUUAAUAUAUAAUUAGGUUAAGGAAAGUUUGUUUUAAAGAUUAAACUAUUGAUAUAGUUUAUAUUUUUUACGUGUACGUAUUUAUUGAAUGGUAAAUUUAUUGGGACGAACGUGAAAUUAUUUAUAGGUUAAAAGUUUUGUGAGCAAAACUUAAAAACUAAGCAAUAAUAGACCUCGGGGUCUAUGUACAUUGUAAUGUAGGAGUGAAAAAUAAUAUUAAAAAACCAAUGGUGCGAUAUGUGUCGUCGAUCUUAUGGAUGUGCUUGUUUCAAUGUAUUGCCUAAAUUCUGAUAUUAUUUGUGUUCACAUGCCGGAUUCUUGCCGCGACGAAGCGUCGUAAUGCCACAAGCCUAUCUACCGGAUCAGAUAGGUUAGCGGCACUAAAGACAUAUCAAAGCAAUCAACGUCAUCACAAACAAAACAUCCACGCUCAUGUACCAUUUAUAGUCUUUAGAAACAAAAUUCAAUGUGAGACUGCAUUCAUUAUUCUAAAAUUCCUAUUUCGAUAUACCUUUGAUCCAAAUAUAAGUUAAGCUUCCCUAUAAAACUUUCAAAACAAAUAGAUCAGGAUCCAGAGAUAUUUGUUUCGUCUGUCAAUUGUCAGAUAAAACGAUAUCACCAUUACUGAUACCCCUAAAUACUUUUUUAUGUUAAAAUUAUAUCUGAAUGAACCUUUAUUAAAUGAAUGCAGUCGUUUAAAGGUUGUAAUAUUAGAAUAUCUUGGUGAAUGUUAAGGAAUCAUUAGGUUUAGACACCUGUGAUAUACAUUUAAAUCACGUGCGUUUGAAUGCUUGUAUGUCCCCAGUGUGUGUUCGACGACAUGACCUUUUUAUCCAAAGGAAUUGUAUGCAGAGGUGAUUUUUAAACGAGUAUUUAUUGAUUGCAUGUUGUGAUUAUAUAAUCUGCGCUUUUAUGAAGAAGUGAAGUUGACAAUUGUGUAAUAUGUCAAAAUAAGCAAUCUAAUGUUCGAUAUUUAAAUUUUGGUAGAUCUUGUUCAAAGACAAAUUAGUUAUACGCUUCAUUCGAAAUUUAAAUUUAGAUUCAAACUUAGACUGUCAAAUUUAGUUUUAUACUUAUAUUAUUAGUGGUAAUUUUAAUUGAGCACUUUUUAAUUGUGACAAAAAAACUAAUUUCUUUCUACCGCUGACCAAUUAUAUCUCACAGUACAUCUUGUUUAAUCACCUCUGUAAGUUGUAUCGUCGAUAUAUUUCCGCAACCAAAAAAUCUAUCAGUAUUUUUCUUAACUUUCCUUUCGUUGCGGUUUUACCAAGUUUUUGUUUCGUUGCUCGUUGCGUUUAAGUUACGACGCCUGUGUAAUAUUUUAUCUUCUGCCAAAACAAAAGAAUGUGUCAUGUAAAUAGAACUACCAUUAUUUAUUAAUACAAUAAU